AUGAAUUCUGAAGAUUGUUCUGCAACAGAGACCAGCUCCUUGCAUCUGAAAAGAAGACAACAAAAUAAUGCCACCAGGCCUCAUUUUGCAGAUCAUGAAGGGUCCAUUCAAGUUCCCAUCCCAUGUGCUGUAGUGAACGUGGUCUUCAUCACCACUCUAAUCAUAGCUCUCGUUGCUUUAUCAGUGGGCCAGUACAACUGUCCAGGCCAAUAUCUGUCCUCGGUGUCACCAAACACCCAUGUUUCUUCAUGCUCAGAUGAUUGGAUAGUAUACCAGGGGAAAUGCUACCUUAUUUCCAAGAAAACAAGGAACUGGACCUUGGCCCAAAACUUUUGCUCCAAACACGGUGCCACUCUUGCUGUCAUUGAUUCUGAAGAGGACAUGACCUUUUUAAAACAACAUGUGGGUAGAACUGAACACUGGAUUGGGCUGAAAAAUGAAGCUGACCAGAUGUGGAAAUGGUCAAAUGGCAAAAAAUUUAAUAACUGGUUCAACCUUACAGGAUCUGAGAACUAUUGUGCAUUUCUGAACAACACAGAGGUCAGCAGCACAGAAUGUGAAAAGAAUUUACACUGGAUAUGUAGCAAACCCUCCAAAUAAA